AUUUUUAGUUUAUCAAAAACAUAAAUGAGUGAUCAUAAUAGUGACGAAUCAAGUGAAAUUGACGAAGAUUUAGUUGAUAACAUUUUUGCCAAUGAAGUAAGGGAAGCCAGAAUAUUUGUAUCCAUGCUAGCUCAAAAUAGAGAUAAGGUAAUAAGAUAUUUGAGGCAGACACAGCCGAGAGAUGUAAUAGUAGUUGUUCCAACAGAUGCUUCAGAAGAUGCACAAGAGGAUGUUUCAGAAGAAGCACAAAAGGAUGCUCUAGAAAGCACGACAGAAGAGGCUCUAGAAGACUCUCCAGCAGAGGCUUCAGAAGAUAUUCAAGCAGAUGCUUUAACAGAUACUCCAGCAGAUUCUGAUGCUGAUUCACCAAUGCCGUGUCUAUUAACUCAAGAAUCUGCUCCUAGCUCACCUGAGCAGGUCCGCAGCCCUUUGAGACCAAGGAGACCCUCAGAAAGUUCUAAUACUGUUGUAAAUCCACCUCACCCACCCUUUCCCACACCUCCUCGCACUUCCCCAGCUCCAACUCCACGCACGUCCUCAUCAAGUCAAAGUAAUCAAAGAAGGGAAUUUACAAACGACGUGAAUAAUUAUCUAAGAGAGAUCAAAGCCAUAAUUCAUGCCGCCGCCGAUGACUGUAGAAGCGGUAUCCACCAGAUCUUCAGGCAGAAUGAGAAAAGAAUUGAACAAUUUAGCAGAAAAAUGUUUGAAAGAAUCCGUAUGAUAGUUGAUAAAACAGAUUGGGGAUUUGAGGCAAUGAUCGGGGGAAAUUCAGACUCCAGGAGGCUUCCUUACAGAAGAGAAGCUUAUAAUAGCCGGAUUGAAGAACAUGGAAUUAGAAGAAGGGAAGAAUCAGAGGAAAGAGUGUUGAUGAGAGAAACUCCAGCAAGGCAAAACUCUGAAAGAGAACUAAUAGGAAGCUGAUAUCAUCUAGGAGAUAUUCUGCAAAGAUUUAACUUAAUGUGAAAUGCGCCUCCUAAUGCUCAAUCUAUUAUGAAAAGAGAAGGCUUGUUAAGAUAUAUACUGGCCAUAAUCCACAGAUGCUGGAAGUAUGGAAUCCAAAAGAAUAUGAAAAUAUCUAUAUAACUGAUGACCAUACUUACCACCUGAUUGAUCGUGCUCUACAGAGAAAUGAACAUAUUUUAAGAUUUCCUGACCAAAGGGAAGGCCAAAAUAUACCAACCCAACAGGAUCCAGAAAGUAGAAGAAGAUCAAGAGAGAGAGAACUAGACGAAUUUGCUGAUUCAUUAAUUGAGUGGGUUGACAUGUUCCUGAGACACAGAGAGAGGAUUAGAAAUCUUAAUAAAGAAGAUAAGGACAAAAAGGAGAAUAGUAAAGAGAACAAAUAAUCUUGACUUAAAAUA